UCUUGGUCUGCGCGUUGACGUCAGUCUUCAGAAGAAGAUGGCGGCGUUUGAGAAGGCGGAAGUGUUGCAGUUUGGGCCGCCCUGGAGUGUGUGAUUGCCCCCUGCAGGUUGGAGGAGUGUGUGCGCCUCAUCAUGAACAACAAAGAGAGCUCCACUGAGUCCGAGAAUAACAAUCAGAUGAAGGUUUUUUUGCCCAAUAAGCUGUUGGAGUGUUUGCCGCGCACGACAACUCUGCCUAAGGAGAGACUGCGCUGGAACACCAAUGAGGAGAUUGCAUCUUACCUGAUCUCAUUCGACAGACAUGAAGAGUGGCUCUCCUGCACACUCAAGACCAGACCCCAGAAUGGUUCUAUCAUCCUCUACAACAGGAAGAAGGUGAAGUAUAGGAAGGAUGGGUAUUGCUGGAAAAAAAGAAAAGAUGGAAAGACAACACGUGAGGAUCACAUGAAGCUAAAGGUUCAGGGCAUGGAGUGUCUUUAUGGUUGCUAUGUCCAUUCCUCCAUUGUCCCAACAUUCCACAGGAGGUGCUAUUGGCUGCUGCAGAACCCCGACAUUGUGCUGGUGCACUACCUGAAUGUUCCCUCACUGGAGGAUUGUGGGAAAGCGUGUGGGCCACUGCUCUGUGCUGUGGCAGAUCGACGAGACAGCCUCCGCUGGAGCCGUGAGGAACUCCUCUCUCAACUCAAACCCAUGUUCCACAGCAUGAAGUGGUCAUGUGGUAAUGGGAAUGGCACUGGUACUGGCAAUGGCUCCACAGAGCUUUCCAUCGAGCAACUGGUGCAACAGAUACUGGAGUCCCAGCAGACCAAACCACAGCCUCGCACACAUACCUGCCUCUGUAACCCCACCCUGGCUUCUCCAGGAGCCAACAUUCCUCAUCGCUGUAACAGCACCAAACACCGGAUCAUUUCUCCCAAACUUCCUGCUCGCCCCAGUGUUUACCCUGCUCUGACAGAGGUCCAGAAUCUGGCAAAUGACACGUCGGUGGGCGUGGCGAGUCGUGAAGCUGGAGCUGGAGAUUCUUCAAUGGGGGGUGUGGCCACAGAGAGGAAACCAGGUCUUGGUAGGCAGGGAGGUUCAAGCCCAGCUGUAAUCAAGGACAAUGGAAACGUGUCCUCUCCUUGCUCAGCAACUUCUUCGUCUUCAUCCAGCCCACCGCAGACACAGCGAGCGGCCACAAUUGCCCUCAGCAAUGGCAAUGGUUUCUAUGGUGACCAGUGCAGUGGGCUGGCAGCUGUGGCCCUUCCACAGAAUGCGGUUAUCGUCAUGACAACAGCAGCUGCGAUAGGGCACGGAGGAGAAGAGUCAAAAAGCAAGCUAGCAUCUACUGGCCUGUCACUCACACACUCAGGAAGGCUCGUCCUAUCCCCUGUUCCUCCCAAACCAGACACACCCUCCCCUCCUACUGUUGCCUCACCCCCCAGUCCCGCACCACCUCCCCACACAGUGUCAUCCACCCCUGGUGUGGCCACUCUUUCUCUGACCCUGCUGCCCAGCCCUGUCAUUGGAGGGCUGUUACUCACAGACCAUCUAAUAACAGAACCCCCCAGCACUCUCAUACACUCCUCCACUUCCCCCACCCCCUCUUUUCGGCCUCCUGCCCCACCACCUGCUGCACCUUCUCCAUCUCUACCUCCUCCUUCUCCUCCUGUCUUGUCUCCCUCUCUCCCUGUGCCCUUUGACCCUGAUGCUUUCCUCAACAGCCCCAAACAGGGACAGACCUAUGGAGGCCCCUCUGUCCCCGCUCAAAAGUCCUCCCAUUCACUCUCUGCCUCCCCGUCCUCUCCUCCCCUCUCCUCUUCUCCUCAGCCUCCUUCUCUUGCUCUCUCUCUCUCACCCAGCUCUCCUCCGUCUUCCUCACCCUCCUCUUCCCUCUCUUCUCUGUCUGAGACAGAACGAAAGAGCACUGAAAGGGAACUGCAGUCUCUCUCCACAACCCCCACCUCUACUCCUAGCUCCUCUUCUCUCUCUCCUUCUCUGUCCCUCUCCUUAUCUCCGUCUCGUUCUGCUCCUUCACUCCUGCCCCUAUGUCUCGAUUCAUCUCUGGGUCUUGAUUCACUUACGCAACCCUUAAGCCCCACCCUGGACCCUCAGCAGCCCCCAACCAAACUGGCUUUGAUCCACAGUCGCCCCUCGCCUGGUUCACCACAACAGCAGGCACGGUCGCCACGUCUCCAAACCCCUGACCAUACCCCAGACAGCCCAGAGAUGCAGCUUAUUGGAUGUGACACUCAGGCUCCGCCCAAUCAGAUGUCUUUAAAUGAAUCACCAAACAGUGACCUUUCCAUGGAUCAGCAGCCAGCAAAUCAGCUAUCACCCAACCAGCUAUCUAUGAUACAGUCAACAAAUCAACUCUCACCCAAUCGACUCUCAAGCACCGAAUUCCAAAACCACCAACUUAAUGCCAAUCAGUUAUCCAUCAACCAAAUACUGCCCAAUCAGCUUUCACCCAAACAGCUACAGACCAGUCGUACACAAGCAGAGAUUGAUAAGCCAGAGCAGAGACAGCAACAACAGCAGUUGCUAAUGCUACAGCAACACAGACAUGGCCAGUCUAUGCUUGUAACUACUGAUAUGACUCAGUCUUCACCUCCGGAGAUGCAGCAACCUCUGCUGAGACACAACCAUAACCAGCCUCUCCUGCUGAGUUCCCAGACUCCUCCACCACAACCACGGCACCAAGAGGGCUCAGUGACAGGAGAGGGGCUACUAUUCUCUCUGAGGGGGUCACAGAAUUCAGUGAGAGUAAAAGAGGAGCAGUCCUCUCCCCUUUCACCCACCACACUAGACAGUCUCGACCCAGAGGAGACGCCAAUGGACACCACGCAGAACGGAAGUUCGCACUCAGGUCCCAUGGGGUCUGAGGUCACAGAGCUGUCCUUUGAUAGCGCGUUUCCAGAUCUCAUCUCUGAGCUCAUUACGGAAGAUGCUCAGGAAGCCGUGAGCCACAACCCGGCUCUGGCCCCUGCCGCCGCCCCUACCUCUGCCCCACAUGUGUACCCUGUGAGGUACAUGGUACCUCCACAGCCCACGCCCUCCACAUCAUUCCUGCCUUACUCUCUCGUCACACACACGCAACCCCAAGACGAGGCUGGAGCAGAUCAGCGCCGUCUGGCCAACAUCACCGACUUCUCCCCAGAGUGGUCCUACCCUGAGGGUGGUGUGAAGGUGUUAAUUACGGGUCCGUGGGCUGAGGCAACAGGAAGAUAUUCAUGUGUGUUUGACCAGAGCACCGUCCCUGCAUCUCUUAUUCAACCUGGAGUACUCCGUUGCUACUGCCCAGCUCAUGAAGCAGGACUGGUGGCUCUUCAUGUUUUGGAGGAUUCUGGCGCUGUCUCUACCUCUGUGCUGUUUGAGUACCGCGCACGCAACGCCUCAUCCCUCCCCAGCUCUCAGCUGGACUGGCUAUCACUGGACGACAACCAGUUCCGUAUGUCCAUCCUGGAAAGGUUGGAACAGAUGGAGAGGAGGAUGGCUGAAAUGUCCAGCAACAGCAACCACCACCAACAACAACAACAACAACAACAACAACAACAAAAGAAUCAGCAGCAUCUAUCAUCACAGAAUCCCUCUCUGUCGGCACCAGGCCCAGAUCCCGAGGAUAGGAACCAGAGUCAGUCGGGCCCGUGGUUUGAGCGUCGGAUUGUGAGUGUAUGUGAGAGGAUGAUGGCAGGGGGCCGGUGGGGAGGAGGAGAGAGGCUUGUUCAUUCUGUUCGACAUAGAGGAAUGACCCUACUGCACCUUGCGGCCGCACAGGGAUACACACAACUCAUACACACUCUCAUCCAGUGGAGGAGUGUGAAUGCAGACAGUCUGGACCUGGAACAAGAAGUGGAUCCUCUCAAUGUGGAUCAUUUCUCUUGCACACCUCUGAUGUGGGCCUGUGCAUUAGGCCAUCAGGCUGCGGCUGUGUUGUUGUACCGUUGGAGCAGCGUAGCACUGGGCAUCCCUGACUCUCUGGGUCGUCUUCCCCUGGCCGUGGCUCGCUCCCGCGGGCAUACGCGUCUCGCCCGUUGCCUGGAGGAGCUGCACACACAGACACAAGCACAGGACCACACACUCACACAGGAGAUGUCUCCCUCUCCACAACUCCCUCUCUCCCCGCUGUCUACCAGUCCCGAUACAGGUCUGAGCUCUUCCAGUAGUAUUCCCUCCCCCAGUGACCCACCCUCCCCGUCGCCCAGCUCCGCUUACUCCAGUGGCUCCGUUCGCCUGGGCUCCCCCCUCCAAAGCACUCCUGACCCCAUGGACACCUCCUCCCCUUCUUCUCCUUCCUCUCCAUCCUCUCUUCCUCUUUCUUCCCCUUCUCCCUCUCUCCCGCUGCCCUCGUGGGUGCAAGACUGUGAGGGGGGGGACUCUAGUUUACCGCCCGGCCCGCGGGAGCCCCUCUUCCUCAUGGACUACGAGCCGACCAGUCCCAACUCUUCUGCCACCGCGCACUCACACUCCCCUCACUCUGCCUUCGAGGCCGAGUUACUCAACUACAGCGAGAACGUGGAGAAUGAAGAUUACCUCCCUGCUGAGGUGUUACAGGUUGACAUGGCAACGCUGGCAGAGCAGAUCAUCGAGGCGACCCCAGAGCGAAUCAAACAGGAGGAAUUUUCACGGGAGGCGGAGUCACCGUUGCGAGAGAGGCAGGACAACGCUGCCAUUCACGACACCAUGCCGUGGCUUGCCACUUACCUAGACACUGUUGACACAUUCCCCAGUAGAUGUGCGUGUCCAACACCACCCCCUUCCUCCCGCUCCCCGCAGCCCCCCUCUCCCCUGAGUGCUCUGGCUUUACAGAGGCUCCGCCCACCAAGCAGCGCAGCAUGGGCAGAGUUCCUGAAUGCUUCAGCCAAUGGGAGGAUGGAGAGAGAUUUUGCCCUUCUGACACUAACAGACAGUGAACAGAGAGAACUCUAUGAAGCCGCUCGCAUCAUUCAGAAUGCUUUCCGCAGAUAUAAGGGUCGAAGGUUAAAAGAACAGCAGGACAUGGCUGCUGCCGUCAUUCAGCGCUGCUACAGGAAAUACAAACAGUAUGCUUUGUAUAAGAAGAUGACACAGGCAGCCAUUCUGAUUCAGAGUAAAUUUCGGAGUUACUACGAGCAGAAGAAGUUCCAGCAGUCGAGACGCGCGGCCGUACUCAUUCAGCAAUACUACCGCAGCUACAAAGAGUACGAACGCCUCAAGCAAGGCCCGCGUGGCUCAGGGGCCCUCAAUACCAAGAUUAAGGGGUCAUUCCUGACUAAAAAGCAGGACCAGGCAGCCCGUAAGAUCAUGAGGUUUCUGAGGCGAUGUCGACACAGGAUUAAAGAGCUGAAACAGAGUAAGGAGUCGGAGAGGAGAGGCCUUACCACGUAAACUGCUGACAGCACGACACAAUAACACGUACACGUUUACAGUAGUCUAAACAAACCCUCACACAGACACACGCACAUGCACACAAGCACACACACACACACAUUCACAGUCGCACUACUGUACCUCUCCUUCAGCCCAGACUCCUUAUACCUUUGAGAGGAAGUGAGGAGUGAGCAUGUGUUUCCCUCCUUUCUGAAAACUCUUUACAAACUCCUCCGUCACUGGACAGUGUCAGUCAUAGCUCUGCAUGGUCACAGACUAUAGAGCUGGACUGAGAAAUCCCGUUUGUCUCAUAUACUUCUUCUCUCUCUGUCUGUCGUCAUCACGUGCACUCUUCUCUCUGCCUUUGUCGACUGUGGUUUUGCCUUUGACAUGGUUGCCCUUGGAAACGAACUUAGGGAGGAUGGAGCGAGAGGAAGAUGGGGGGG